AUGGCAAGUGACCCAUUGUCUGCUGUACAGCAGUUACAGGACGUAGUGACAACACUGGCACCUUCACUGUGCCCUCAAGUGCUUCCUAGGGGUAUCAAGUAUGGUCUGGACCUGAUUGUAUCGCUGUGCAAGACCGAAGAGCAACGACAAGCGUUGAUAGCGCUAGUGCGGAGUCGCAAACCAAACGAAGCACUUACGACAGAACAGGACGACGCAGAAACGGAUCAAGAGGAAAAAGAGCAAGAUGAUCUCAAGCCUCAGGUGAUCGGUACAUUUGACGUGAAAAAUCGCGUCUUUACGGUGCAAAAAGUGCAGUGGAUGCAUGAACGGGAUGCAAUGGUGCACGAGUUUGCACGCUUUAUGGAGCUGCAGUUGGAGAACCCCAUUGCAGCUAAUCAUGUGGUGCAGCACUUUCUAGAGGUGAAUGGUCACAAGUCUGACGCAUUUACUCUGGCUCAACAAUGUUUUAGUGCUGCCUUUGCGCUACAAACGCUUCUUGGUGCAUUCCCAAAACCUUCGAUUGCUAUUGAUGGUAAGGUUGUGAAAAUUACGCAGGAUUCUGACGUUGCCAAAGUUUUUGCACCGCUGUUGGCCCCCAAUGCCAAGAAAACGAAGAAGAAAAGCACGUCCAUGCCAAUGCAGGACCGUGCUAUGAGAAGUAAAAACAGGCAGCAGAAGUUGAAGAAGAGAAAAAGCGUGGCGUGA